GAAGUGGGUUCUCCGGUAAGCGGAAGGCUCGCCGGGGCGCCGCGGCUCCGCGCUCCGGGAUCACCGCGGGACGCGAGCGGCCCCUGGCCACCGAGCCCUGGGACGUCGCUGGGGAGUGGGCGCUAGCGUCUUUCCCAGCGCACUCCGAGCGCCUCCCCGCGGAGCUCGCGCACGCGCAGUGCCCCCUGCUGGCGAGGGGCGCCGCCGGCUCUGGGGGACGGUGGCGAGCCUGGUCCGCGGCGCGCCUGCUCGGCCCGGAAUCCUUUGAGCCCGCCGUGCCGGCUUAGCUUUAAAACAAGUUUGUGUUUCUCCACGUGGCUAUCCUUUGUCCAUAUUUUCUUCUAACCUGUUGAAAUGGCCAACAAUCUUUUGAAAACCUCGACUCUGUCUUCAAGGACAAAAGUGCUCCAUCAGGUGGGCGUGUCUCUGUAUAACACCUCUCAUGGCUUCCAUGAGGAGGAGGUGAAGAAAACGCUCCAGAAGUUUCCGGGUGGGUCUGUGGACCUUCAGAAGGAUGACAGCGGCAUCGGCAUCCUGACCCUGAACAACCCUAGUAAGAUGAAUGCCUUCUCAGGUACUAUGAUGCUACAACUUCUGGAAAAAGUGAUUGAAUUGGAAAAUUGGACAGGAGGGAAAGGUGUCAUUGUCCGUGGAGCCCAAAACACAUUCUCUUCAGGGUCUGAUCUGAAUGCCGUGAAAGCACUAGCAACUUCAGAGGAUGGAAUGGCUUUAUGUAUGUUCAUGCAGAACACCUUAACAAGAUUUACAAGACUUCCUUUAAUAAGUGUCGCGCUGGUGCAAGGCCGGGCCCUGGGCGGAGGCGCGGAGGUCACCACGGCCUGUGAUUUCAGGUUAAUGACUCCAGACAGUGAGAUCAGAUUUGUCCACAAGGAGAUGGGAAUAAUUCCAAGCUGGGGUGGUGCCAGCCGGCUGGUUGAAAUCAUAGGCAGUAGAGAAGCUCUCAAAGUGUUAGGUGGGGCCCUCAAACUGGAUCCCCAAAAAGCUUUAAGUAUAGGAAUGACUGAAGAGAUCUUGCAGUCUUCAGAGGAAACAAAAUCUCUAGAAGAGGCUCAAGCAUGGCUGGCACAGUUUGUUAAUGGGCCACCAGAAGUCAUCAGAGCUUUGAAAAAAUCUGUUUGUUCAGGCAAAGAGCUAUAUUUAGAGGAGGCAUUACAGAACGAAAGAGAUCUUUUAGGAACAGUAUGGGGUGGAGCUGCAAAUUUACAGGCUAUUGCUAGGAGAGGAAAAUUUAAUAAAUGAUUUUUUAAAAAUGUAGAUGUAAGUAAAGUUCUAAUUAUUAAUGUAUAUUAAAGUUAAAUGAAAUUAACAGAAUUAAUCUGAAAGCUACUGUUAGUACUCAGACUUGCUUUUGGUAAUCUAGUAUCUGAAUUCACCAGUCAACUUUUUUAAAAUAGUAUUUCAGUAACGUAUACUACAUAAGCACUUUUUGUGUAAGAGGAUUUCUAUCGCUUCUUCCAUUGCAGUAAUGCUUUUUGGCCUGUGAACAAAGAAUUGCCAUUUACGUUUUGUUUCUUUUUUUGUAAGUGCUCUGUCACUACAUCCUCAGCCCCAAAGAUUAGUUUUUAAAAGGAAAGGCUUCCACAGAUAGCAAACUGUUUUUCUUUUUCCCAGAAUUUUUGUUUUACCUGGUAAUAAUCUAUAAACUAAUGAGCCUUAUUACCUGGUAAUAAUUUAUAAGCUACUAAGCCUUUCAGUUAAAGAAUGGGAUCAUACUACAAGAAAAUGCAUGGUUACUCAUUUUCUUCUGCUCCACAUGAUAGUCAUCCCAUUACCCCCUUCAAAUUUGCAGCCUUGAUCUUUUCAAAAAAUAUAGAUUUUUUUUGUUUUAAAUUA